GCGCGCAGCGUGAAUAUGGAAUGUUGCCCGCCGCUGGCCCACGUUUUCAGCCUCUGAAAAACACCGAAAUCAUGGACAGCCAUCCGCUGGGAACCAGACUUUGUCCACACGCUCUGGACAAAGAAGACGGCGUCGAGAGACACGGUCCUGUCACGCUGAACCCUCGGCACAUGAGGAAGGCGUUCAAAGUCAUGAACGAGCUGCGCAGCCAGAGCUUGUUGUGCGAUGUGACCAUAGUGGCGGAGGACGUAGAGAUCGCUGCUCACAGGGUGGUUCUGGCUGCCGGGAGCCCGUACUUCCACGCUAUGUUCACAGGUGAGAUGGCAGAGAGUCGGGCGAAGCGAGUGAGGAUCAAGGAGAUGGACGGUUGGACUCUGGGCCUUCUCGUCGACUACAUCUACACAGCCGAGAUACAAGUCACGGAGGAUAAUGUGCAGGCGUUGCUGCCUGCAGCCGGCCUGCUUCAGCUGAACGAGGUGAAAAAGGCUUGUUGUGAGUUCCUGAGCUCUCAGCUUCACCCAUCCAACUGUCUGGGGAUUCGAGCUUUCGCUGAUCUUCAUGCCUGCUCUCAGCUCCUCACACAGGCCAACAGCUACGCAGAGCAACAUUUCACCGAGGUGGUUGGGAGUGAAGAGUUCCUCAAUUUGGGCAUGGAGCAAGUGUCGAGCCUGAUCGCCAGCGACAAGCUCACCAUCCCCACGGAGGAGAAGGUGUUUGAGGCGGUGAUAGCUUGGGUCAACCACGACAAGGAUGUCCGGCAGGAGCACUUGGCUCACCUGAUGGAACACGUCCGCCUGCCGCUGCUGUCCAGAGAGUACCUGGUGCAGCGGGUGGAGGAGGAGUCUCUGAUCAAGAACAGCAGUGCGUGCAAAGACUACCUCAUCGAGGCCAUGAAGUACCACCUGCUGCCGGCCGACCAGAGGGCUCUGAUGAAAACCGCGCGCACACGCAUGCGGACUCCGGCCUGCUGUCCUAAGGUGAUGGUUGUGGUCGGAGGCCAGGCUCCCAAGGCCAUCCGCAGCGUUGAAUGUUAUGAUUUUGAGGGGCAGAGGUGGUACCAGGUCGCCGAACUCCCGACCAGGAGGUGCAGAGCAGGCGUGGUGUACGUCGGCGGAUGCGUGUACGCGGUCGGCGGCUUCAACGGCUCUCUGCGCGUGCGCACGGUCGACUGUUACGACCCGACGGCGGACCGCUGGACGAGCGUGAGCAGCAUGCAGGACCGCCGCUCGACGCUCGGGGCCGCCGUGCUCAACGGGCUCCUGUACGCCGUGGGGGGCUUUGACGGCAGCACAGGUCUGUCGACAAUCGAGGCGUACAACGCAAAGACGGACGAGUGGUUCCAUGUGUUGCCCAUGAGUACCCGACGGAGCAGCGUAGGAGUGGGUGUGGUCAACGGGAUCCUGUAUGCAAUUGGAGGCUACGAUGGUGCAACAAGACAAUGUCUCAGCACGGUAGAAUCUUACAACCCUAAAAGCAACGCGUGGAGCUACAUCGCAGAGAUGGGCACGAGACGCAGCGGAGCAGGUGUGGGUGUGCUAAAAGGUCUGCUGUACGCGGUGGGGGGUCACGAUGGUCCGCUGGUGAGGAAGAGCUGUGAAGUUUACGACCCGGCCUCGAACAGCUGGCGGCAGGUAGCCGACAUGAACAUGUGUCGACGCAACGCAGGUGUGUGUGCGGUAAACAACGUACUGUAUGUGGUGGGAGGAGACGACGGCAGCUGCAACUUGGCGUCCGUCGAGUUCUACAAUCCAAACUCGGACAAGUGGACACUGCUGCCGGCCUGCAUGAGCACGGGACGCAGUUAUGCAGGUGUGACUGUGAUCGACAAACCCUUGUGACUGCUCUCGACACUCGCCGCCGACUUGAAGCGGAACGCAUUCUGCUGAGAACACUGAUCUCGGAUCUGUCGAUGACGCCGAUGCUCGGAUGAUGCUGGGCAGCGUCGGCACAGGCAACGACGACGAGGGAGAAAAAUGAAAAGAUUGCUGUCGGGGAUGAAGAUUUUUUUUUUUUUUGCACUGAAUGGAAAACCCGUGUUUUAAUCCCCACCUGAAAGGACUGCCGCUGGCGAACGGACAAACUAGUUUGAAGCGCCACUGCGGUGUCAUUGCAGCGCAACUGAUUUGAAGCUUGUUUAACUGCAACGCUACUUUACCAGUAGAGGUGUUAAACAGGAAGCAGCUCUGAGAGAGACCACUGGUCAGAUCCAUAAGGGUGGAAGACAAGAUUCGGCACUGAAAUCUUGGCUUUUCCUGUGGUUUGUAUUGUGAAACGGUAUGUGUCUGAGUUUGUGAGUGUGCGCUUGCAUAUAAAAGGUGCUCCUUUGCUUGGGCAUGUGCGUUCGUGAGCACCUGAAGUCUCCGUGUGGUGACGCCCGGUCCGACGCCGCAUGAACGCGCUCUGUCCGACCUUUUUUUUUUUUUUUUCUUACGGUGUUGCAGUGUGGCUGUUCAAGAGUGCCUGGAUGUCAAAUUGCGUCCUCCUUCCCCCUUUGUUACGCCUCAAGGACUGUUACUGGAGGGAGCGCGGCUGUGCCGGGAUACAUUGGAGAAGUGACUCCAGAUCCGUUGAGUCGGCCCCGCAUGAAUUCAGAACCGCGACCCCCCUGAGAAGCGUUUGCAGAAGAAAUGUACUUUUAAAAUUGUUUUAAACCAACACCCUUCCCUCUGGUGAAGGAGAGGAGUCAUCGGUGUUGCCAAAAACAGUGAAGGACAAUAGGAGAAGCUGAACAGCUGGAUGUAUCAGUGCUUUACUGUCAUAAAGGCAGCCAUCUUUGUUGUGGUUGAAACUGUUGAGGAUGACGACAACGACAACAACAACAACAACAACAACAGGCAGAACUCACCGCAUGGUCCCGAAACUCGAGUCUCCGAUCCUUCAGCGGUUCCCUCAUCCUCCUUCGGUGUAGCAUCCCUGCUAACUACUGCACACCCCGUGCUAUGAAUAUGCCAAUUUUAAAAUGUGUCUUCAUUUCUGUCUCUCUUGACUUCUUUAUUAAUCUGUUCUCUCUUUCUGGAAAGUGACCAAACCUACUCUUUAUGUUCUGUUCCUCUUUCCUCUCCUCCUAUAUUGCAAAAAAAUAAUGCUAUAAUAGUAACUGGUAUUGCUGUUUUCUUGUCAGUGUAUUGAGGAAUGUCAUGUAGGCUAUUGACUUUAAAAAUGUUUCAUUACUUGUUUUAUAUUAUCAUUAAUAAAUAUGCUUCUUGUAUUUAAAGCUGUGAAAUGACAUAAUCUGUUUUUAAAACUUUGCCAAAUCAGUAAAAUGUUGAAAUGUGUUACGCCGUCUGUGAUAUUUUGAUGAUAUUACAGCGAUUUAUUUGUUAAAAUUUCACAUUUUAGCAUUAGCGUCGUGCUGCUACCAUUCCCCUGCUCGGUUUCAUCCUCUUCUUAACCUCUCUGCCAGUUUGCAUUCAUUCAGUGACAUUAUUUUAGACAACAUUCAAUAUUUUGGCCUCCUCUAUGAAAUAAAAAAAGCAUUCUGGUGAAUAACUAGGUA